UAUUCCUGCCACACUGCUGGAAGCUCCUCCCACAACAUCUCACCUUAACUGAAGCUCCUCCCACAGCAACUCACCUUCACUGAAGCUCCUCCCACAACAACUCACCUUCACUGAAGCUCUUCCCACAGCAACUCACCUUCACUGAAGCUCCUCCUACAGCAACUCACCUUCACUGAAGCUCCUCCCACAACAACUCUCCAAUAAAUGCUGGGAUAUUCCCAUCAGCCUAGAAGGGAAGUAGAGCUGAACAUUGAGAACAUGAGUGAUCCAGAAUCCUGCAGAUUGGAAAACGCGGAGACUGAAGAACAAAGAGACUUAAUGGAACAGAUUGAGGAGAGUGAAGAACUGAGUGAAGGAGAGGAGAAAAAUCAACAUGUCAAAACUGGAGAAAAGUCUGUUAGGGGAGCCAAAAGUUCUUGCCCUCGGACUGAAAACAGAUUCCCAAACAAAAAAAGUCACAUGAGGGUUAAUAGUGGAGAGAAGAUGCACACGUGUGAUCAGUGUGGGAAGAGUUUCACACAAAAAAGUAGCCUUAAGGAGCACAUGAAAAUCCACACUGGAGAGAAACAGCACACAUGUGAUCAGUGUGGAAAGAGUUUCACACGAAAAGAACACCUUAAGCAUCACAUGACAAUCCACACUGGAGAGAAAUCACACUCAUGUGACCAGUGCGGGAUGAGUUUUGCACAUAAAGGAAACCUGAAGAAACACAUGACAAUCCACACCGGAGAGAAAUCACACACAUGUGACCAGUGUGGGAUGAGUUUUUCACGAAAAGGAAACCUGAAGAAACACAUGACAAUCCACACUGGAGAGAGGCCACACACAUGUGAUCAGUGCGGGAAGAGUUUCACACGAAAAGAACACCUUAAGCAUCACAUGAGGAUCCACACUGGAGAGAAGCCACACACGUGUGAUCAAUGUGGACAGAGUUUUGCACAAAAAGGAGCCCUUACUGUUCACAUGCAGAUCCACACUGGAGUGAAGCCGUACCCAUGUGAUCAGUGUGGCAAGAGUUUCAGAGAUGCAAGCACUCUUAAAUUACAUCUGCGUUCGCAUUCUGGAGAAAGACCAUUUUACUGUGAUCAGUGCAGGAAAACAUUUGCAUCAGCUUCAGGCCUAAGUGUCCACCUGAAAUUUCAUACAAAAGAAAAGCCUCACAUGUGUUCUUUGUGUGGAAAGCAUUUUAGUUUGCUGAGUGUAUUAAAAGGACACCAGAAAAGACACAAUGGUGUGAAGGAUCACAUGUGCUUUGAUUGUGGGAAGUGCUUUAUUACUGCCGGUGACCUGAGAAAGCACCAGCCAGUUCACAUUAGAGGAAGGCCUUACAAGUGUUCACACUGUGACCAGAGAUUUGAUUGGCCAGGAUAUCUGAAAAUACAUGAGAGGAUCCACACUGGAGAAAAGCCGCACGCAUGUGAUCAGUGCGGGAAGAGUUUUGCACAGAAAUCAAACCUGAAGAUUCACAUGAAAACCCACACUAGAGAGAAGCCAUACUCCUGUGAUCAGUGUGGGAAGAGUUUUACAUUCAAUGUAAACCUUAAGACACACAUGAGGAUCCACACUGGAGAGAAACCACACACAUGUGAUCAGUGUGGAAAGAGCUUUGCCCAAAUAUCAAACCUGAAGACACAUAUGAUGAUCCACAGCGGAGAGAAACCGCACACAAGUGAUCAAUGUGGGAAGAGUUUUGUAAAAAAAGACCACCUUAAAGGACACAUGAAAAUCCACCAUAGAGUCAAGCCACAUGCUUCACACUCUUAAGUUACAUCUGCAUUCUCACUGUGGACAACAUCCAUUUACGUAUCUGUGAUCAGUACAGUAAAAGAACAAGCAUUAUAGCCAAAGAAACAUGGGAAAGUUUGUAAAACGCCUUACUAUUGUUUUAUGGCUGGGUGUUGUGGGAAAACAGAUGUAAGAAUGUGUUUAAGAUUUACUGAUGUGUCUUGAUUUAACGUGUAAUGGAAAAAUGUGUUUCUAUUGAUUUUGCAUGACCUUAUAUGUUUCUGAAACAUUAUAUACUGCAUGUGUUUUCUUAGAAGUGCUGUGUAGUCACAGUGAGAAAUGGGUUUGGGGUUAGAUGUAUGACUUUCAAAAGAUCCACAGGGCCAUGCUGGGCUGAGAGGGGGAACAACUGGGAGACCCAAAGGCAUCUGUCCAUGACCUAAGAGCUCUAGGUCUUAAAUAUAGGGGGAACCGAUCUUUAUAAGAAUGAUUUAGUAGCGUGUUUUUGACUUUCUUUCUAUGUGUGGAAAAGUACAGCUGCUGAGAGUUUGUAAGCUUGACUUGGAAAAGAGAUAUAAGGCGGGGGAUCACCCUCCCUUCCUUGUCACACUCUGCAGCAACU